UGGUAACUUUGAUAUUUACAUUGUCUCAUAGCACAACUAGAACGAUUUUUGUUUCACAAUUUGUCUAGGUGACUUCAUGUUCUGUCACAUUUCCAGCAGUACUACAUUUUUACAUUCUCUGGGAAGUUAGGAGGGCGAAUCUCCCACAAUUUAGGGAGGUAACAUGUCCCUGGUCACCUUCCCAAUAGGGAUUUUCUCCGUGCAGUAGAGUUUCGCCCUCCCCCUGGAUUUUGACAAAGAGAGGUGUUUUCUUUCCACAGAGGAUGGGACUAGACCCUUCCUUGGUCACCUGUGCCACCAAGACCCAUCAGAGUCCUUGACACCUUGUGAAAUUGAUUGGGGUGAUUUUCUGUGCUUGGUUCCUCCCCCCAUAGUACCCUAAGGUAUCACUUGCUGGACACUUCUCCUGUUCUCUGACAGCAGCCUGGGGCUCUGCUAACAACAGGUAUUUUCAGAAGCUUGGUAGAAAUGCCUGAUAGGGUAUGGCAUGGCCUAUAAGGAGGUGCAGGUGGGCUUGUCAUCUCCAACUUUUCAAGGUCUCUGGACCCCAAACAACCAAGAGGCAGAACCUGAGACUGGGAUAGGAAUAAGUACAAUGUCCAUAAACCCUGCCACCAACUUGAGGUCCACCUUAAGGCAUGAGCCCUCCUUCCACCCUCUUACUGUCAUCUAAUAUGUUCAGGGGAGCUGGGAGGUGACCAGAUGGGUGAGGUACCUGAGGUCCAGCAGAGCCCAAGCUGGGUGCCAGGGACGCUCCUUGGCCAUCUCCUCACUGCCUGAGUCAGGGAGAAGUCCCGUGUCCUAGAAAAAGGAAUGAAUACAUGUUGUAGGGGGUCUGGCUUUGUCCCAGAGAUCCUGGCUCUUUUUCAUAUCUGGGCCCCACUUGUCCCAAGACUUAUUCUUGAGAUGAGGUUAAGUGAAAAGCAGAUGGAGGAGACAAGGCUCCUUCCCUGAGAAACCAAGCUGAGGGAAGCCAAGUGCAUGCCCAGCAGAAGGAUCUACGUGCUGACCUGUAAGGGGGCUGAGUUCCAGUGAGGACGCUGGAGUGGAGUGAUUUGGCUAAGAUGAGGGAAGGCCAAGGAAUGAGAUGGGAUACCCAGAAGUCAGGCUGAUAGAUUACCUGGGGUCAGAGGAGGGUCUCUGAGGGAUGCUGGGGGCUGGCUGGUGAGGUAACAGGGGUAAGAGCAGGCUGGGCUCAGGGCUUUCUGGGGGCACCAUGGAAGAGGCAUCUGAGCAGUCAAGAUGGUCCAUAGGGUGCAGGGGGAGGCCCAGGAGGCUCUAGAAAGGGCAGGUGGGUUGUAAUAAGCCAGGCCAAUAGAGAAAUACAACUUUUGGAUUUUCUUUAUUUUGUUCAUUUUUUUUCUCUUGAUAGCUUAGAAAAUUCCUUUAGAAAACUCUAUCCCAUCUCUGCUGAACUCAGGGUAAGGGAAGUCCAGAGGCUGCUGGAAGAGGGGAGAUGGGGGCUUUAGCCUUGGCCCCUCUCAAGCACCCUAAUGCGUCCUGGGAGAGAACAGUGCAAGUCUCCACUUCACACCUGAGGUGACAGGAGGAUGCACUUUCUUUCUUUUUUUUUUUUAUGAUUUUAUUUAUUUAUUUGACAGAGAGAGACAAAGUGAGAGAAGGAACACAAGCAGGGGGAGUGGGAGUGGGAGAAGCAGGCUUCCUGCGGAGCAGGGAGCCUGAUGCGGGGCUCGAUCCCAGGACCCUGGUAUCAUGACCCAAGCUGAAGGCAGACGCUUAACGACUGAGCCACGCAGGUGCCCCGAGGAUGCACUUUCUAAGGCAGUGCUUAGUGUCAGGAUGCAUGCCCUCCAUGGUCUCCCUCAGUCUGAGACCAGCUUGCAGUGUUGGCACGAUGGGGUGUGUGCCUCUCCCACCCCUCCCCCGCUGGCCCACAGUGGAACCGUCUUCUUGGGUUUCUGGUAAUUUCAUCAGGGCUGCAUCAUGUUGCUAAAGCUGCAGAUAACAUCUCCCUGUGGGUAACUCUUCCCUGAAAGAGCUCCUGAGGCUGGACCCAGGCUCAGAGUUGGAACAAUGGGGUGGAAGUUUGGGGGGGUCUGAGGGUCUGUAGGUAGAAGCAGGUUGGCUGGGAUCUGGAACUGUGUUGAGGAACAAUGCCAUUUGCCACUGGACCCCAUGGCAAGGCGAAGGGGGCAGGUGGGCCUGGAGAGGCCCCUGAGCUCCUGGAGCUCUUGGAUAUUAUGCUGACUCCUGAGAGCUCCGCCUAGCUCCACUGACAAACCCCCAUCCAGGCACGGGCACAGAGACCCACCCCAUCCUAGGCCAGGCAGAGCGACUGUCCCCCAGCACAGGUCCACCUUAACUGGGCAGCCCUGUGGGCGGAGCUCAUUGUUGAUGCCAUCUGUGCAGACCUGAGCGCAGGCCCGACUUGCAGGAAGCACACGCAGCUUCCCGCCUGCUGACCCGGCUCCUCACGCUGCAUCUGCAGCCCAGCACCAUGAUCCAGGGUGCCUCGGAGCCUGAUGGCCUCAGCUGGGGCUGGGACGGGGAGGAUGACUGGGACGGCGCUGUCCUGACCCUGCUGGCGCUGGCUGUGGUGGCCGCCACGGCUCUGGCCUUGCACUGGUUUGGCUCUGGGCAGGACCAGGAGGCAGCAGCACCCGCACCCACAGCCCCUGGGGCCCAGCCUUCACAGGCGGGAGGAGCCAGGCCCGCCCUGCCCCUGAAGCCCAAGGUCAGUGGUGGUGUUGAGGGAAGCAGCCCAGGGCAGGGGAAGCCAGACCCUCCGGGACGUGGCCAGGGGAGUCCGGCUGCAGCAGGGGCCCAGGAUCCGAAGCUCCGGAGAGGUGGCCGUCUGGCUGCCACAGCUCUACCUCCACUCAAGACAGCUGGUGAGGUGACCACUGGAGGGGCCUUGGGACAGCAGCAAGGUAAUGCCAAGCCAGAAGCCCCCCGAGGCAAAAGAAGGGAGCCUCUCGGGCCAGGUACUGCCCUUGUGGGUAGAAGCAAAGUGGGGGGGAUGUCUGGCCCCCUCCUGAUACACUUCACCCCUCGGAGUCCUGGCAGACAGAUGGAAGGACAAGUGGAGGCAGGAGGCGUCCAAGUCAAGGUGCCAACUCACCAGGGCCUGGUCCACACCACAGAACAGGACACCAGUCCCUGGCAACGAGGUGUAGGGUCACCUGGCUCACUAGAGAGAGGCCCCAGCAGCCGGCGGUGGCAGGUGGACCACAGCUCAGGAGAUAGAAACCGCCACUUCCCGAGGUUGGACUCCCUGCGCCUGGGCGCUGUGGUGAGCGUGUGGGAUGCUGUGGAUGCAGGUAGCAGCCUCUCCACAGGCUCUCAGAGGCCCCCUGUUCCCCAGGAGCCACCUCCAUCACAUACCACGCAGACUGGGCCCUCGGCUGAGGGCACAGAGAAGGGGUGCAGGGAGAGCAGCCUCCAACCAGCCCCAGUCCUAGCUCUGGAAAGCAGGGAGCCUGGGUCCCAGGCUCCCAGGGAGGCUCAGGGAUCUCCAGCCUCCGUGGAAGGCUGGCCCUGGGAGAGGAGGGAUUUUCUUGUCACCAGGAGCUUCAGCCAGGCCCCAGGCUCCAUAGGCCCAUGGCCAGAGGGGUCGCAGUGUGGACACCCACUCUUGUCUCAAGGGCAGGGGACCACAGACGCCAACAACGCAGUAAAGGCUGGGGCUAAUGGCUCUGGAGAUGGCUCUUUCUUCAGCUCAGGGCCCGGUGGGACAGAGGAGCAAGCGGACCACGGCGUCAGAGAAGGGAGAGAAUCCCAGCAAGGCCAGGGGGAGCAGAGCAGUGAGCAGGAGGGAGGCCUUCAGGACAGAGGAAAGCCCUCUACAGACACCGUCCAGGGAGCCCCCUCCUUGAGUCCCUUAGCCACACCCUCUCCACGCUUCCCUAAGCCCCUUCCACCCUUGGCUUCCCCUCUGACAGUACGUCCCCAAGGAGGUCUCUUACCUGUAGGCCCAACCUCCUCGCCUUCAGACUCUUUGUCCCUCAGAGUUAGCCAGGGUCCUGUGGAGGAUGAAACUCACAGGCCAGUGCAAGCCCCAGCUGCAGCCCCAGCCCCAGCCCCGUCCCCUGCCCUAGCCUCAACCCCAGCCCCAGCCCCAGCCCCGUCCCCUGCCUUAGCCUCAACCCCAGCCCCAGCCCCAGCCCUAGUGUCAGCCCCAGCGCCAUCCUCAGCUGCAGCCCCAGCCCUGUCCCCUGCCCCCAGUAGUGGGUCAAGGCCUACGGCACAGGACCACAGUGUGGCUCUCCGCAAGGACAAGCAGGAGGGGCAAAUCUCAACCAGCUGGGAAAAUCUUAUUUCCAUGGUUCUUAGGAGUCACCCUUUCCCCAGGCAAGAGAGAGCCCAAGGGAGAGCCCCAAGGGCAGCUCCCAAGAGCCCUAGAGAUCCCAGCACUGGUGCACCCUCUGAGAACAGAGAGUCUGGUUCUGUCCCUGAAGGGGCCGCCCCCAGCCUGGAGGUCAGGAAUGGCUCCUCAGGGGCAGACACAGAGGCUGGACGUCGGCAACAGCAGAGCCACUUGGAGACCAAGGAGGCUCCCAUCCCAGAGCCUCCCUCAGGUCCGAGAGGAGAUGCAGUCGAGGAGAAGCGUGCAGAAGACCCUCUGUUGCCCGGAGCUGCAAUGCCCGGGGCCCCAUCACCGCGCCCGGAGCGGAGGCAGUCUGGCCCCCAACCCUCCCCCACUGGGAGGGGCGCCUCACAGCCGGUCCCGCCACCGCGGAAUCGCAGCGCGUGUGAAAGAGCAGAGAGCUCCGAGCGCGGCGUCCGCCAGGCUGCGUCCGCGAGGCGCCGGGGAGAGGCUCCAGGGGAGAAGCCCCGCCCUGCAGGCAGCGGGGUAGUGGUCCCGGGAAAGCAGAAAGAGGCGCGCAGGCUCCUGGUGCUUCUGCAGAGGCCGGGGCGCGGGGGGGCGGGGGAGGGGCCCCGGAAGCCCAGCGCCCUAGCCCGCGAGCCGGCUUCGGCCGCGGCUCUACGACAACGCCCGGACCUGGGCAACUGCCUGGACGUCCUGGCCUUCGCCCGGCGGCACGCGGAGCCCGGCCUGCUGCGGGAGACCUACGCCUUGAUGAGCGACAAUCUGCUGCACGUGCUGGGAGACCCGCACCUCUACCGGCAGCUGAGCGGGGCGGACCGGGAGCGCAUCCUGAGCCUUCGGACUGGCCGGGGCCAGGCGGUGCUGGGGGUCCUUGUGCUGCCCAGCCUCUACCGGGUGGGCCGCUCGGGGCUCACCAGGGGCCCCUGUGGGGAGGAGGCGCCUACUCCGGGGCCUGCCCCCCUGCCUCCGCGCACGCACCUGCACGUGUUCAACCCCCGAGAAAACACCUGGCGGCCCCUGACUCAGGUGCCGGAGGAGGCCCCGCUGCGGGGCUGUGGUCUCUGCACCAUGCACAACUACCUGUUCCUGGCCGGGGGCAUCCGAGGCUCCGGUGCCAAGGCCGUCUGCUCCAACGAGGUCUUCUGCUACAACCCGCUGACCAACAUCUGGAGCCAGGUGAGGCCCAUGCAGCAGGCCCGGGCCCAGCUCAAGCUGGUGGCUCUGGACGGGCUGCUUUACGCCAUCGGUGGCGAGUGCCUGUACAGCAUGGAGAGCUACGAUCCGCGCACGGACGCCUGGACCUCGCGCGCGCCCCUCCCCGCAGGCACCUUCCCUGUGGCCCACGAGGCUGUGGCCUGCCGUGGGGACAUCUAUGUCACUGGGGGCCACCUCUUCUACCGCUUGCUGAGGUACAGCCCUGGGAAGGAUGCAUGGGAUGAGUGCCCCUACAGCGCCAGCCACCGGCGUUCCAGCGACAUGGUGGCGUUGGGAGCCUUCCUCUACCGCUUCGACCUGCUGCGGGGCGUGGGCGCUGCGGUGAUGCGCUACAACACGGUGACCGGCUCCUGGAGCCGGGCGGCCUCCUUGCCACUGCCCGACCCGGCCCCACUGCACUGCACCGCGCUGGGCAACACCAUUUACUGCCUCAACCACCAGGUCACGGCCACCUUUACGGUCUCCGAGGGGACUGCCCAGUUCCAGGCCAGGGAGCUGCAGCCCUUUGCUCUGGGGAGUAAGGGCAUCCUCUGUCCAUUCAUCCUGACUCUGCCUGCCACCGACCCCCUGCAGACUGCCCUCUGAGCUGCUCUCCGGGGAGACCCUGGGGCUGGGGGUCUGCUGGCAGGUGGGGCACAGAAGGUGGCUGGGAUCCAGAACUUUCUGCCAUUGUUUCUGGGACAGCUUUCUUUUUCUGUUUUAAUAAGACUCAUGAUUUCCCCCUUCCAUACCCCCCAGCCCUUAAAAGAGACCUCUCCCCCUGGGAGCUCAGGCUCCUUGUACCUACCUGUGAGCUGGUUUUGGGCCAUCCCUACCCCGUUUCCCAGCCUCCCACCACAGAAUGCUGUCUACUGCCUUUAUGACUUAGUUGUUGCCCUCACACCUCAGCUGGCUCACAUAGCCCCUCCUCCAGGAUGGUUCUCCUUCUCUGGGCUCCAGGGCCAGGCUCCCUCUGGCAGCACCACACUGCCUGGAAAAACAUCUGUCUGUGGGUCUACUGGUACUCUGAGAGCCAGGGACUGAUGAUGUGUCCUUAAGGACCAGGAUUUGGCCUGUGGAGGAGCUGAGUGACUGCUGAGCAGAGGAAGGAGGUGGCUAGAAACAAGUCACACUUCCUGUCUUUUGUCCCUAGGGAUCCAAGCUGGGCAAGGAGUCUAUAAGGAAGUGGGAAGGGGGAACAAGGAACAGAAAAGUCCCCAGGAAAAUGUCUUUGUCUCAGGCCUCAGGAGCCUGGCUUGGCCUUGGGAACAACUCUGUAGCCCUCCUUUGUCUGAUCCCAGAGGCCUAGAACCCUUGUCUAUGAAACCAUUCUGCUGUCUGCAGCCCCUGACUGUAACCCCAGCCCAGGCCUGGCCAGGACCACUUGGGCUCAUGCCCCUCUGUGGGGUCUCUCCCACCUGCUCUGCCCCUCUAGAAGCCAGCCUCACUUCCCACCAACGCCUGUUCUUACGUGAGACCCAGGUUUCCCCUGAGCUCUUUCCCUUUUAGCUGUGGACUUAGAAGAGACAUCUAAUUUCAUUCUUCUCAUCUGUGAAAUGGGGACAAUGAACAUCUGUUACUCAGGAGAGUUGUGAGAACAUACGGUCACAUAUGUGAGCACCUAGCACAGUGCCCAGGAUGAAUAAACAAUGUUCCCCUUUGCCUAUUUUGGAAUCCACCAUA